UCCGAUCGAACCGCGCAUUUAUAUAUUUUCCAGUGCCCGUGGUGGCCCGACGGUGGUCCUAAAAAAGAAUUCGAAGUUUCCGUAUCGCAGCUACAAAAGACAAACGGACGGAAAAUGUAAAAUUAAAAUGAAACGAAACACCAAGGCUUAAGGAGAGAGCGAGAGAGAGAGAAUCAGGAGGAGGCGCGAUCAUGGGGGCCUUCAAUCUUCGUCAUUCAAGCGCGAUUUCAAGGGAGAGGAAUAGAUAAUUCAAAUGCCCAGCAAUUUGUAGAGAGAGAGAGAGAGAAGGGGGGGGGGGGAGCGAAGCUGUCGCAUGAAGAAGCAAGAAUGGAGGAGGAAGAGGCGGCAUCGAUAUGGAUUCCGAGCCUGUCGGUCUGAAUUUCUAUCGGAUUCUGACCAGCUGCGACCAGUUUCAAGCAUAAUGAUCGUUUCGGUUUGACCCUAGAUGAUUGGAAUUCAAAAUCUAUGAAAUUGGAAUUUGGAGGGAGAGUUGGUUGGGAUCUCUCUGUUUAUGGGUACUCGGCCUCUCUCAAUUUUAAAAGAUGUGUGCGGAGUCCGCUUUGUUAUGUUCUACUGUCAUUGCGGAGGUAUUUUUUGGGUGUGUCGAACGUGAGCUUUAAGAAAUGGAGUGAAACCCUAAUCUAGUAGGGGAACUGGGGUUUCUAUUAUUCUAGCUGCAAGGUGGAAAUUGAUGAUCUGAUGUGUAUAGUGUGUAUGGAGUCUGUGUGUUGAGAAAUGCAAGCACCACAUCAGCAUUUGCGGAUCAAUCUUGCAAAUAUAAAAGCUCAGAUAGUUAAGAGACUCGGUCCUGAGAGGUCAAAGCAUUACUUUUAUUAUUUGAAUAGACUAUUGAGUUUGAAGCUAAGCAAAUCUGAAUUCAAUAAGCUUUGUUAUCGGGUUCUAGGAAGAGAAAAUGUUCAGCUGCAUAAUCAGCUUGUUAGAUCGAUCAUAAAAAAUGCUUGUCAUGGAAAAGUGCCACCAACAUGCAUUCAUAAUAAGGAAGUUAAGCCUGCAGGUGAUGGUUAUCAGCACACAGUUUUGUUGAAUGGCUAUAGGGGGGUUAGGGACCAUCCUAACGCUCUUGAAUCAAAUGGGAAUUUUGACUCUGCUUCUCUUAAAUCGACAGUUACUGUGGAUGAUGUUUCUAAUGUAGUUUUAGAAAAUGGGGAUCUGACUCUCAGUGAUGUUCGAAAGCCAGCGCAGCAUGUUCAAGCACUCAAUGAACCAACAAUAAAUGAAGGGGAAGUUUCACUGAACUGCUGUGCUAAAUUAUCAUCAAUAAAGGGACUGGAAGAUGGUCCUGCUUCUGUAAAGAGCAAAGAGGGGUUUGAAGUAUUAGCUGUUGAUGGUGGAAAUAAUGCGCCAAGUAAAAAUUUACUUGGUGGUCCACUUGGGGUUCCAUGUUGCUCAGUUAGUGUUGGUGGGCCCUGCAAGGCUCUGCAGUUAGUGAGCAGUAGUGGCUGUAAUAGCUCAUUUGACAGUGGCACGUUGCUCGAUACUACAACAAUAAGGGAGCGUAUGAAGCAGAUUGCUGCAACACAGGGCCUUGAAGGGGUGUCAAUUGACUCUGCUAAUUUGUUGAAUAAUGGGUUGGAUAUUUACUUGAAGGGGUUAAUCAGGUCUUGCACUGAACAGGUAGCAGCCAGAUCUGGAUGUGAGGCAGUGCAGAAUCAUGGUCACAAGCAACACAAUCAUGGGAAGCUAGUUAAUGGUGUCAGGCCAGGUAAUCAUUAUCAGAUGCAAAGUAGCAGUAGGCCUUUGAAAGGCUCAAAUGAACAGAAACCCCAUUGUGUGGUUUCAUUGCUGGAUUUCAAGGUUGCGAUGGAGCUUAAUCCUCAUCAACUUGGUGAAGACUGGCCAGUACUGGUAGAGAAAAUAUGUACACAUGCAUUUGAGGAAUAAAGCCUGUAGGGUGAACCUCUGUGUCUUGUGCUCGUGAUUCUUGUUGAUGUCGUGAUUUCUCUAUCACGGCUGUGCUAUCAAGAUAAAGCUCUGUUGUUAACAUGAGAAUGGGAAUCACGGCACAUAAUCUUUGUGUUCACUUGUCUUGGAGCUCGUCCUUAACCAGAAAGACCACAUGAAAUUGCAACCAACCAGAUAGAAUUGAGGAAGACAAACCAUGUUUGGUUGCAUUGUUGUAAGUUUAGUAUACAUGUUGGUUGUCUUAUUAUAUAUCUUUAAUUUUAUUUUUUAUUUUUUAUUUUUUGUUUUUUGUUUUUGUUUUCGUAAUUUUCAACUGAUGAGAGGGAAAUUUUAGAACAGUUUUGUUGGAAUAAUCUCUGUAGCUUGGUAGCAAGUCAGAAUUGCAUGAUCUUAGGAUUCCUUUGUAUGUAUUUUAAACACUAAGAUUUGAUGGAUCUCACUACUAAGUUACUAACGUGUAAUUUUAUUUAAAUGCUCC